AUGGCUCGGCGCUACGACUCACGGACCACCACCUUCUCUCCAGAAGGGCGCUUGUAUCAGGUGGAAUAUGCCAUGGAAGCCAUCAACUUGGCUGGCUCUACUGUGGGCGUCUUGGCGGAGGAUGGAGUGAUCUUAGCCGGAGAGAAGAAGACCACCUCCAAGUUGCUCGAUCAGGCGAAGCAGCAUGAGAAGCUCUUCCAGCUCGACGACACCAUGUUCUGCGCGGUCGCAGGGAUCACCUCCGACGCCAACAUCCUCAUCAAUAGACUGAGGCUGACUGCGCAACAGCAUGCCUAUAGCUUUUCCGAAUGCAUGCCCGUGGAGCAGCUGGUCACCUCCAUUUGUGACUACAAGCAGGGCUACACACAGUUUGGUGGUCUCCGGCCCUUUGGGGUGUCCUUCCUGGUGGCUGGCUACGACACCCAUCAUGGCUUUCAGUUGUACCACACAGAUCCCUCUGGGAACUUCAGUGGUUGGAAGUCCUAUGCCAUUGGUGUCAACAACAACACCGCCAUGCAGAUCAUGCGACAAGACUGGAAGCCCGGCAUGAAGCUUCAAGAAGCCUUGGAGCUGACGGCCAAGGUCUUGGUGAAGACCAUGGACACGGCCUCUCCCACGGCGGAACGCCUGGAAUUCGGGAUCGUCUACAAGACGCCAGAGGGGCAGGUGAAACUCCGGAUGCUCAAGGAUGCGGAAAUCAACAAGCUGAUGGCAGAUGCAACUCCCAAGGAAGGAGAAGAAGCUGCCGCAUCAGCUUCCUAG